AUGAAAACGCGCCAAAAACGCCGCUCUAGACACAAUUUUUUCGUUACAACUCUAGACACAACUCCCGAAACACCGCUCCAGACACAACCCCCAAAAACACCGCUCCAGACACAACCCCCAAAACACCGCUCCAGACACAACCCCAAAACACCGCUCCAGAUACAACCCCAAAACACCGCUCCAGGCAACCCUCAAAACACCGCUCCAGACACAACCCCCAAAACACCGCUCCAGGCAACCCUCAAAACACCGCUCCAGACACAACCCAAAAACACCGCCCCAGACACAACCCCAAAACACCGCUCCAGGCAACCCUCAAAACACCGCUCCAGACACAACCCAAAAACACCGCCCCAGACACAACCCAAAAACACCGCCCCAGACACAACCCCCCAAAACACCACUCCAGACACAACCCCAAAACACCGCUCCAGACACAAACCCCAAAACACCGCUCCAGACACAAACCCCAAAACACCGCUCCAGACACAACCCCAAAACACCGCUCCAGGCAACCCUCAAAACACCGCUCCAGACACAACCCAAAAACACCGCCCCAGACACAACCCCCCAAAACACCCACUCCAGACACAACCCCAAAACACCGCUCCAGACACAAACCCCAAAACACCGCUCCAGACACAACCCAAAAACACCGCCCCAGACACAACCCCCCAAAACACCACUCCAGACACAACCCCAAAACACCGCUCCAGACACAACCCCCAAAACACCGCUCCAGAUACAACCCCCAAAACACCGCUCCAGACACAACCCCCCAAACACCGCUCCAGACACAAACCCCAAAACACCGCUCCAGGCAACCCUCAAAACACCACUCCAGACACAACCCCAACCACGUGCACCACUCCAGACACAACCCCAACCACGUGCACCACUCCAGACACAGUCCCCAAAAACACCACUCCAGACACAACUCCCAAAACACCGCUCCAGAUACAAACCCCAAAACACCGCUCAAGACACAACCCUAGACUGGUACAGAAAAGAUGCUGCGUCUUCUGGGCCCCGCGGGAUUUCCCUGCGAAUAUGUUUGCCUUCCAUUUGAUAAGUCGGCCGGUUACAUUGCUAUUUUUGUUUCAUAAUCGCAUAUUCUACGACGCCACGGCUGUACCUUUUGUAUAUUGUUAA